UUACGGUUAUCUCUUCCCGACCAAUGUUAAUAUUAUAAAACAAAAACUGAAACCCACAAGCAAAACAAGGUCCGAGCCAAACGUUUCAUCGACGCAAUUUCAUUCUCACUCUCUCUCACUGUUCUCCUCCAAUUUUAGUUUAUGCUUCUAUAUUUCUGAUCCACCUGUGGAUACCAUAUAGUGUCGUCUGCACUUUAUAAGGUUAUAAGGGGGAAGUUCCUGUCCCUAAUGCAAGGUCAAGGGAGUGGCAUUGAUACUUUUUCAGAAAUCACUGAUGUUGGUCUCGGACCUGUUUCCAACAGUACUGGUGAACCUAGCUCUAGAUUGAAUUUGCAAAACACGGUCAAUGAUGGUGGGACAAGAAUGGAACAUGGUUGGUCGGCUCCACAUAGUGCUUGUCCUGUGAUUGCUCAAAGGCCAGAAGACAGACGAAUUGAGCCAAAUAUCCUUUUUCCUGGGAGAUCACUUAUUGGCCUUGGUGGCAAUCAGAUUCCAGGUGGGCCUUCUUUUUCAGAAGGUUCUAGCUCUAAUUAUAUCCCUCAGCAUGUAAAUUUAAAUGCAGGGUAUGUGGAAAAUAGUGGUAAUUAUGGGCAUGUUAUGGAAGCUGAUACAGAUCCUAAAUUCUACAAGUCAAGUGGAUUAGGAGCAGAACAUACAUUUCCUGGCAGUGCUUCACAUGAUAUUGUUGGGACUUCGUCCGGAAGCUCUGAUUAUAUGGUUGGGGAAGAUGAUGGUAAUCCAAGCUCUUCUUUUGGCAAUUGGGGUUUAUCCUGUAAGCGAAAGGCUCUUGAGGGUACGUCAGGGCAGUCUUAUCCCGGUGGAAGUUCUAGCUCAUUUCCUCAACCUGAAAAUCAACCAUGGAAUACUGAUCCUGCAUGUUAUAAUCCUUCUAGUAGUUUAAGUUUAUCUACGCCCCGUAGUUCUCCUAGUGGCAUUCCUUCAGAACAGCAGAGCUCAAGAACGAGGAUUGGUUUGAGAGUUGGAGCAUCUGAUGCCUUUCCUUCAUUAGGUGUUACGGGAAAUGCAGAGAGCCCACUGAGACAAUAUGUUAGGGGUUUCGGUAGUACUGGGUCUCAGCAAGAAUCUGCACCAUCAAACUUAUCAUCAGCCGGAAGAUCAACUACAGUAGCUGCAACAAAUUCGGGUGCUCCCCAAAGCCAGUCACCUGCAAUGCAUAUGAACGGUUCAUCGGGAAACAUGCUUCCUUUCCCUUGGAAUGGUGCUUCCAGUUCACGAGUGGGCAGCUUAUCAGGCUCUCUUAUGUCCGGAUAUAUAGGUGCUGAGUUAAGAGAAGAAGCAAGCUCACGAAGCAUUCCUAGAAACAAUGUGGAGCACCCCAUGUUUGUAGCUGCUACUGAUAUGAGAAAUUCAUCACAGGAUCCAACAGGUUGGAGUUUAGCCCCCGGAGACUUGAGCACUUCUGUAGGUGCUCCUUCCUCUGCAAGAAUUGGCUCCAAUUCCAGCAUUCAUUCUUUGCCUAAUCCCUCAUGGAUCCCUCUUCCAACAGAAAAUCAAAGGAUAACUGAAUAUGCACCUUGGUCUUUGUUUCCAUCUAUAGAUUCUCAACCUGGAGGUCGUACUCAUUAUAAUCCAAUACCACCAGGACCUUCUGCUUCCACUCAGGAUUCUCGAACUUCUUCUGGACCAAGUAAUCAGGGUCGUCGACAACCACUUCAUAGGUCAGCGUUCUUGUUGGAUAGACAAGGUGAUGAUGUGCUUAAUAUGCCCCAUUCGCUGCGUGCAUUAGCAGCUGACAAUGAUGGGAGGCUCCGCCUUGUGUAUGAGAUUCGUCAAGUUUUGAAUGCCAUGCGCAGGGGCGAGAACUUACGAGUCGAGGAUUAUAUGCUCUUUGACCCAUAUAUUUAUCAUGGCAUGGCUGAGAUGCAUGAUAGGCACAGAGACAUGCGGCUUGAUGUUGACAACAUGACUUACGAGGAGCUGUUAGCACUGGGGGAGCGUAUAGGAGACGUUAGCACUGGACUGAGUGAGGAGACCAUAUUGAAAUUGAUGAAACAGAGAAAGUGUGUGUCUGUUAUGACAGAAUUCCCAGCAGACAUGGAACCCUGCUGUAUAUGUCAGGAGCAAUAUGCUGAUGGGGAUGAUAUUGGCAGACUGGAUUGUGGGCACGAUUUCCACACCAACUGCAUUAAACAGUGGCUAAUGCAGAAGAAUCUGUGCCCAAUUUGUAAAACGCCAGCCUUGGUGACAUGAAAGGGAAGAUGCGAAACCAAUAUGUCCCAGCCUGCAAUUUGAUUUUCUUGCUGUAUUGUUAAAUCCAAAUGUGGGUUGGAGAAUCUACACUCCCUUUUGUCUGAAACCGGGUUAUUUAUGCAUGAAGUACUCUUGGUUUGAUAAAAAGAGGGCAAGAGAAACAGUCCAUACAAAAAUAAAAAAGGAGACUGCUAAUGAUCAUGAAAGGAUUUGUUUCUCGGUUAGAAAGCAAUACCUUUUAAUUGUAUGACAAUAAUGAAUAUAUUGGAAUAACAUUUCAUCUGACAGUAUGAACC